CUUAGCUUAGUAGCUUAACUCUUCUGGCGUGGCGCUGCUGGAUGCUUCUGAUCAAUAGGAAUAGGAGGAAAAAUCAAAGCUUAUGAUGAGCAUCUAUUGGAGUCGAUCAUUUCCAAGAUCUAAUUCCAGUUUCUUAUUAUGUAGUGGAAACGCCUCACAAUCUUCAGUUUUACGCUUAGGCUUAAGGGAAGAAAUGUUCUUGGUGGAUGCAGGACUUGGUACCCCCAAAAUUUGUAUGCAAGAUGAGCUUACAGGAGUGCCAAUCAACCGAGCCACCAGGUUUGAGAAUAAGGUGGGAUCCCUGAAUGUAGUGGCUGGUGAAUCACUGAAAAAAAAGCGGAUUUUUGAGAGAUUCUUCAUCGAUCUAGUGGCCGGUGAAUCACUGAUCAAAGAGCGAGCAGCCGCCAGGUUUAAUGAUUUUGUGGGAUCUCUGGAUGUAGUGGCUGGUGAACCGCUUCUUCUUCUUCCACGAAGAUUCAGACAAAAGCGAGCUUGGAUGGAACUGAAGAAGAUUUGGCGAACGAAGAAAAAGGUCAAUGGGUUUAUUAUUGACAAAGUAAAAGGAGGUUAUUCAGUAGCCAUCGCAGGUUUCAUUACUUUUCUUCCAUUCUGUCCUCUCAUAACUCAAAGGAUAGCGAAUAAUAGAUUCACCAUUGAGAGCAUUAACCCCAAAAGGACGAAUAUUGUGGUGUUAUAAGAGCGGCAGAUCAAACAAGAAAAGAACUUUCUGAGAAAAAAAAAAUCCUAUGUUCCUCCGACCGGGCGGGUAGAGGGACAGAACGAUGAAGCAGAUACUUGGGCGCUAGUGAUAGUCCAGGCAGGAUGAGUCAGCAGAAGCGAUUGAUCGACGGGACGGAGGAUAUUUUUGAGAAAUUCUCAACUUGACCUUUAGCCCAAGCGUUAUAUUUGGUUAUUUACUAAAAUCCCCUUUUGGGGGAGAAGGUUGGAUUGUUAGUGUGGACGAUUUAGAAGAUCUAAUUGGAGGGCAUGUAUGGUUAGGUUCCAUUUGUAUACUUGGCGGAAUUUGGCAUAUCUUAACCAAACCCUUUGCAUGGGCUCGCCGUGCAUUUGUAUGGUCUGGAGAGGCUUACUUGUCUUAUAGUUUAGGUGCUUUAUCUGUCUUUGGUUUCAUCGCUUGUUGUUUCAUCUGGUUAAAUAAUACCGCUGAGUUUGACGGGCCCACCGGGCCAGAAGCUUCUCAAGCUCAAGCAUUGACUUUUCUAGUUAGAGACCAACGUCUUGGGGCUAACGUGGGAUCUGCUCAAGGACCUACUGGUUUAGGUAAAUAUCUCAUGCCUUCCCCGACUGGAGAGGUUCUUUUUUGCAUCAAAACAAUGCGCUUUUAAAAAAUAUAAUGGUCGGAAAAAAUGAAAA